AAAGAGACGGCCACUCUAAAAGAUGUGCAAUUUUUUUAAAAAGUUGGUUCUAAUUCACCGCUUUAUAAUCGCAGUUUAAGAAGUAUGAUUGAACUUUUGGUAGCAAAUAAAAUUUGAGGAGAUUAUAAGAUAGAGAAGAUGCAGCAAGAGAGAGAUAACAAAAGAGAUUGUUGCAAGCUCGUGCCUCAAACUGUCAAGGCUUUUUUCAAGUGUCUGAGAUUCAGACGUUCAUCUUCUUCUUCAGACAUGGUGAAAGCUAAAGCAAGAAAUGAGGAGAAAGAAGAAGCUUCAUCUAUCGAAACUUCAACGAGGAGUCUCAACGUAAUGAGGAAAGGGAUACGGAAACAACCGGUUAGCUCGGGAAAACGAGGUGGAGUUAACGACUACAACAUGUAACUAGAAUCUUGAUGUAGAAUUGGAUGAUCUUGUUUAGUAGUCACUCUAAAAGAAACUUGCUUUGCGCCUCAUGAA